GCAGCUGGGUGCGCAUUGAUCCACACUGCAGCCACCCGAAGACGCGCUCCCGAUCCUGCGCACUUGUGCUGCUGCCCUCACCGAGUCGCGCUUUCCCUCGCCCACCCCGCUGACAACCCCGCAAACCGCACGUUGGCCUCUCGACGCCUCUGGGAGCUCGGCCAGCGCGCCCGCAGACGCCCGCUCCUCGCGCCGAGGCAGCACAGAGCCACACGGCAGCAUCGGCACAAGAGCUGGCUGGCCCAAGUGCUCGGAGGCGGCAGUCGGCCGUCAUUUGACAGAAUGUCCACCCCGGAGACGAAGCCCGGCUUUCUGUCCGUCGGGAUCAACGCCCUCUCGCCGUGGGGUUCGCGCAGCGGGACACCCAAGCCACCGGGCACGCCAAACACACCCAAGAAGCCGGACGAAGACAGGGACAAGGACAAGGAAAAGGCUGCUGCGGAUGGUGCAGGCCCGCAACGCGGCGGGGACCACACGGUGAACAGGCGCCACAGGCUGAGCCUCAAGCGAUACCCAGACGACUGUCCACCGCUGGCUGUCCGAUGGUACCAUGCCGUAGACGUCCCAAAGCGCAAGCCGUUCGCCUCAAACGCCGUCGUCCCUGAGAAGCAGCCCGUGCCACGGCCCCGGAAGUGGAUCCCCUUCUCGUUUGACGACUCACGAUCUAUCGAACAUGCUUUCCAAAAGACGGCCGCCGAGGCAGACGCUGCUGAGACUCGCCGAGGCAUACUCAGCCCCUCUGGUCCAGAGUCUGGCCUGGACAAGGAACCCGAAACCAGCACAAAGGUACCCGUCAACGAGGACUAUCUGUUUGAUGUUGAGAUUGAAACGCGAGAGCUCUCCCCUGCAUACUGGCUUGGACCCGUGUACGACGUGAAGCGGGGCACGUGGUUCACACCGGAUGGCGAGCCCUGCGACGAGAACCUCGCGACGCAGCUCGAAGAGGGCUAUCUCAAAGUCAAGCCGUGGAGACUCGCUAAGUCGCCCGAGAAGCGCUCCGAAUCGCAACCACGCACACGACCCAUCUCGCUGAACAUGAAGGUCGACGACGACUACAGGAAAGAGCUCGGCAGACUGAACCACCGCGACUCUACAUCGAACCCUGUCACCCCAAAGGCAUCCUUCGACAACCUCAGGGCUGAAGCUGGCACCGAAUCCCCCCAGACUAAACCGUCAACCAACAGUGCAACGCCUCCGGAUGACAGCUCAAGGACCUACCGUCUAUUUGGCUCCCACAUGAACUCUGUAGUUACCUACCAAGAUGAUGUGACUGCAUACAUGCUGACCGAUGACAUGUGGUCACGCAUGGGAAGUACCUUGUACCAAAGAUUCGCAGGUGCUGCCCACUUCGCCGGUCAGAAAUACGUUCGUGGCUACGUUGAUUCGGCGCGAAAGAAAGAAGAGAAGCCUUCCCAGGAAGGCACGAAUAAAAAGGAUACAGAUCGACCAGUUACUCCUUCUCUCGCAUAUGGAUCUGACCACGAAAGGCAGCGCGCCGCGUCCGGGUCUGAGACCGUUUCGGACAUGGAAAGCGAAGGCGAGGAACGUGGGCGGGAGCCAUCGCCAGGGGAAACCCGAAGAAAGAAUCUCGAACGCCAGAUCUCGUCACUCAUCAUAUCCACUCAGACCGAUAGUUCGGAACGGCAAGAAGAAGCAGUCCGAAAACGUGAAGAAAAGGAGAUGCGAGAGGACUACAAAGACCAAAACAAGGGCGAACAAGGGCGCGAGAUCGAGCACUUGCUCCUCGUUACUCACGGGAUUGGCCAGCGGCUGGGAAUGCGCAUGGAAAGCGUCAACUUUGUUCAUGAUGUCAACUCGCUUCGCAAGUCUCUGAAAGCUGUGUAUUCAAAUUCGCCAGACCUGCAAGCACUGAACUCGGACGUGGACAAGGAGACAAAGAACAGUCGCGUUCAAGUGCUCCCCAUAUGUUGGCGCCAUCUACUCGAUUUCCCCCAGCAAAGUUUAAAGCACAACCGCAAGGAGCAUGACCUAGGCGAUCUUGAUAUCGAUGACCACGAAUAUCCAAACCUUGAAGAUAUCACCGUCGAAGGUGUACCGGCGGUGCGAAACCUACUGACAGAUCUAGCACUUGACAUUCUCCUCUAUCAGAGCCCGGCAUACAAAGGUCACAUAACUCGCAUCGUUGUGAAGGAGCUGAACCGCAUCUAUCGAUUGUUCAAAGAACGUAACCCGUCGUUCAACGGCAAGAUCAGUCUUGUUGGUCACUCGCUAGGGUCCGCCAUAAUGUUUGACAUUCUUUGCCAGCAGAAAGAUCCCAGGUCCAAACCAUCCAUGUCGAGCAAGGCACGGCGUGCGACCGAAGAAGGAAUAAAGCUGGACUUUGAAGUGGAGGACUUUUAUGCGCUUGGUUCGCCCAUUGGGUUGUUUCAAAUGCUCAAGGGGCGUACCAUUGCUGCCCGACCGUCCGCUUCCUAUGUCACACCGGAGACGCCGGCCAGUCCACUUGAUGACCCUUUCUCAGCGGGCUCGGACCAUAACCGCGUCAACGACUUCAUCGUCUCAUCCCCUCUUUGCAAGCAACUGUUCAAUAUCUUCCAUCCAACAGACCCCAUCAGCUACCGGCUCGAACCUCUGAUCUCGCCUGCCAUGUCUUCCCUCAAGGCGCAACCAUUGCCCUACACGAAGCGAGGUCUCUUUGGUGGGUCAUCUGCACAAGGCCUGACUAACAUUGGGCAAAGCUUAGGUCAAGGAGUUACGAACUUCUGGACAUCAGUCAGCACCGGCAUAGCUAGUGGCUUGCUCAACCGGAGUCUCGGGAUCACGGGCUCUGACGCUUCAAAGAUGAGCAACGACCUGCAUGGCCAACGCACAUCGCGUCCGCUAUCCGUCGGACAGAGUGCUGGGAAUCUCGGAAGCAAUGCACCCAAUGUCGAAGAUCCAGCUCGGGCUCUCAUGUUGGAAGAGAGGAAGCGCAGGCUGGGUGAGGAGCCCAUAGCGCCUGGCGACGAUGGCGAGCAUCCUCCCACCUUGAUCGACUCGGAGAUUGAGACGCUGUUUGCUGGAUUCCAAAAACGAAGGAAGAGCCGGGAGGACGAUACCAACGAAAGUAUAGAGAAAGACCUCGAAUGGCAGGAGCUAGAAGAACGAAGCAGGAAACUCAGAAAAGAGGAGGGUAAGGUGCGGGCUCUGAACGCAAACGGCAGAGUUGACUACAGCAUUCAAGAAGGCGCCUUCGACAUCUCGUUGCUCGCUAGCAUUGCUAGCCAUCUUUCUUACUGGGCUGACGAAGACGUCUCCCAUUUCAUGAUAUCCCAACUCUUAGCUAGACAUCGUGUCUUUACGAAGACCGAUAAAUAGACCGUUCCUGAUGUCGGGCUG